CUGUAAACACGCCAAUGCAAAAGCUUACAAAUUUGUCAGAGAAGAACUCCACGUCUACGCGGAAAAAUUAUUAAUGCUCCUUUUUUCAUAACCAAUUAUACUAGCCUAGAUAAGAUUACCAGUUCCUCGCUGCAAAAAACCUUCCAUAAAAAAAAAACCAUCUUGUUCUCAACACUGAAUCCAAGGCAGCAAAAAUGGCUGACGCUCUUAUCAGCUCAACAAUACAGGUCACAUUGGAAACGACACUGUCUCUUGCCUCUGAUAGGAUUGGUUUGCUAGUUGGGUUCAAGAAGGAUGUGGCCAGCAUGACACAUUCUCUCGGCUUUAUCAAAGAUGUCCUGGCUGAUGCUGAGGAAAGGCAAAACCAAAGCAGAGGAGUGCAACGAUGGUUGAAGUGUCUCGAGGAGGUGGCUUAUGAUGCUCAGAAUGUGUUGGAUGAGCUCUACUAUGAAUCUCUUCGUCACCAGGUGGAGUCCCGAAACCGACCCAAGCUCAAGGUAUUCUCCUUCUUUUCCUUCUCAACAUUAAUCUUGCUUUUCGUUGGAGAAUGGCUUCUAAGGUCAGGGACGUCAAACUGAAGUUGAAGGAGAUAAAUCAAGAAGCCAACGGAUUGGGACUGGUUAGUAGGUUAGUGAUGACAGCUGCCCUCCCUGCUGCUCCUGCUGUUGGAGACAUAGGAAAUCGGCAGACUGACUCUGUUCUUGUUCCAAUAAUUGGAAGAGCCGAUGAUGAAUCAAACAUAUUGAAGAUAUUGUUGAGCCCAUCUGAGAAGGUAGUUUUUGUUCUUCCCAUAUUUGGUAUGGGAGGUCUAGGCAAAACAACUUUGGCUAAAUCGAUAUACAACAAUCAGCAAAUUGAUGGGCAAUUUGAGAAAAAGUUGUGGGUUUGUGUAUCGAAAAAAGUUCCAGUAGUGGAACUUUUCAAACUCAUGUUAGUGCAAUUGAUGAAAAGAAAAGUUGAAGUGGAUGAUAGGAAUGUCAUCGUUGAAGACAUUCAGAAUCAACUUGGGGGAAAAAGAUAUCUCCUAGUUCUUGAUGAUGUGUGGGAUGAUAAUCGUGCAUUGUGGGAUAACUUUUUCACCACCUUGAAGGGGCUCAAUCCAACUAAUGGAAGCUGGUGUCUGGUCACUACUCGUUUAGGUCCAGUGGCACAUAGUGUGUCUCGAGUUUUGGGGAUGAUGGAAAAUGAACCAUAUCCAUUAGGAAAACUACCUGAUGAUCAUUGUUGGUCUAUCGUAAAAGAAAAAGUAGUUGGAGGGGAAGAAGAACCUGAUGAACUAAAAGCAAUUAAAAAGAGAAUAAUCAAAAGAUGUAAUGGUCUACCAUUGGCUGCAAGUGUAAUUGGAGGUCUAUUAUCUUUAAAGAGAAAAGAAGAGUGGCCAUCAAUUUUGGAGAAUAGGCUUUCGAGUUUGAGUGCAGGUGGAGAUGGUGUCAUGGAAAUACUUAAAUUGAGUUUUGAUUGUUUACCAUCACCAGCCGUUAAGAAAUGUUUUGCAUAUUGUUCUAUGUUUACUAAGGAUACUGAGAUGGAAAGAGAUAUGCUAAUCGAACUUUGGAUGGCAGAAGGUUUCCUCCAUGCAGGUCUCGAGAACAAAACAAUGGAGGAAAUUGGAGAAUAUUACUUGGAAAUUUUAUUGCAGAGUUCUUUGCUGGAAGAAAUAAGAGACGCUUGGGGAAGGUAUUAUAAAAUGCAUGAUAUAGUGCACGAAGUCUCAAAAUCAAUAAUGUCAAAGUCUACUAAAUUCAUUAAUUCGGAGACUGGUUCAGGAGACAAUAGUAAUCAGGUUCGUUGUCUUGUAAUAGACUCAUUUGGAGAAGACACAAUAAAUCUUUUUGAGAGUGGAUCAAAUUUGCUUCAUACAUUGUUUCUGAGUCAGGGUAGCUUAUCUGAUGAUAUGCUAAUGAAGUUGAAGAAUUUGCACGUUUUGAAUUUGUCCGGUGCAAAAAAUCAGAAUCUGCCAAUCUCAAUUGGCAAACUGAUACACUUGAGGUACAUUAACUUUGAGGGUUCUAAAAGCGAAACUUUGCCGGAAUCUGUUUGCAAACUUUAUAAUUUGCAGACACUGAGGCUAAACAGCUUGGCUCUUAAGGUUCUGCCGAAGGGGACGCGCGAUUUGAUUAGCUUGAGACAUCUCCACUAUUACACCUAUAAUGAAGAAUUUCAAAUGCCGUUAAGAGAUGGGACGACUGACUUGCCUUCAGACGCUAGCAUUCUUUAAAGUGGGUCGAGAGAAGGGUCGACGAAUUGGAGAGCUUGGAAGCUUGAAGAACCUCAAAGGCAAUUUGGAGAUACACAAUCUUCAUCUAGUAAAGGAUAGGAAAGGAGCUGAAGAAGCAAAACUAUCUGAAAGGCUAAUCUAUUUAGUUUGCGACUUAAGUGGGCCCGGCCUUGGCAUCGAGAAGGCCAUAACUACAACGACGAAAAAGUGUUGGACUGCCUUCGACCCCACCCAAAUUUGGAGGAGUUGGUAAUUGAGAAUUUUAUGGGUGAUCAAUUUCCUCGAUGGUUAAUGGAUUUGCCAACAGCAACAACACUCCCCAAGUUAGCGAGUUUGACAUUUAAUUGCUGCAACAGAUGCAGAGAACUCCUUCCCCUGCAAAACUUUACGUCUCUUAAAGAGCUAGUGAUUACAAAUUGCGGUGGGUUGACGAAUCUGCCCGGUGACAUGCAACACUCGUGUGCCUCUCUCCAGAAGCUUCGGGUGACUUAUUGCUACAAUCUUUUCUCCUUUCCGCUUGAUUUGCAACAAAUGCCUUCUCUCUUGGAGCUGGAAUUAUGGAAGUGUCCCAAACUGAAAACAAGUACGACGCCCAAAGGAUUUGGUUUCCUAACCAGCUUAAGAAAGCUUGUAAUUGGUCCCUUCUCAGAUGAUGGUGAUGAUCACGAAAAUUCUUCAAUUUACAAUGAGUUUGAUUGGUCUGGAUUGAUAUCCUCCUCCUCCUCCUCUUCGUCAUCCGCACUCCGUGAAUUAGAAUUAUUUGGGUUGCCACACAUGGAGUCCCUGCCACCUCAGAUCCAAUACUUGACCACUCUCACGUCACUAACGCUACUUGUCUUUGGAGGUAUAAAAGCUCUGCCAGAUUGGUUCGAAAACUUUGCGGCUCUUGAAGACGUGCACUUAUGGUUUUUCAAAGAGCUUGGACAUCUACCCUCUGAGGAUGCCAUGAGAAGUCUCACCAAACUAAAACGUCUGGAGGUUUAUGGUUCUCCUCUGUUAAAAGAAAGAUGCACUCCUGAGAGCAGCGGCCCCGACUCCCAGUGGUCCAAAGUUUCUCACAUUCAAGACCUAUGCAUAAGUUGAUUAAUAACCAACUUUCAUCUUUGGAUCAAAUUCAAUCAGGGGACUGAACUUUCAUCUCUCAAGAGGUUAUUGAAGGCAAUCUUGAUUCUAAGGGGACUGAACUUUUACCUCGUCUCUUGAUAAUGAACUUGCAUACUUAUCUAAACUAUUUGAGUAGUAAUUGCUCCAUCAGAGUCAUAUAUGAUGGUUUUCUGGCUCACUUUUCCUUGAUUUUGGCUUUUUAUCCAUGAAGACAAUGGUCAAUUGAGGAGUUUUCGCAGCUGUUGGUUAUCACUUUCAUGUUUUGGUUCAAAAAUUCGGAUAAUUUUAGAUAUGCUUCUCUUCUUUCGCUGCUCAAUUUUGACUUUAAACCACUUUAAUAUCUAAUAUAUUACAUAUAAAAUAAGAGAAAUCUUGUCGUCACGAAGAUAUUUUUGAGGUAGCCAAGGAAGGUGUGCACUGUUUGGGCAAUGAAGUUGCACAAAACUUGGUGGAGUAUCUUCCAACAUUCAACUCAAGUUUGCUUGUUGUGACUUGCUGAUCUUAAUGAUAGAGGCUUUUAAGCUCUCUCUGCUUUUAUGAUUGUCGGUUGCUUCUUUUUUUAUGUGAUUUUAGGCACAAAGCUUAACAGGGAACCUCAUCGAUUUCUCUUUCAAAGUCCUACAAUUCCUUGCUGGAUGGCAUUCUCUUUUUCUCUGUGCCUCAUAUGUCCAAAGUCUGAGAUAUCCACUGGGCUGGCCUCUGCAAACUGCCCACCAGAAUUUCUUUCCCCAGCUUAUGUAAUGUCUUUCAAGAUCAAGAGUCAUCAUUACCAUGAAUUUCUGCUAAUGAUCAUGGGGGGUUUGGUUGGUGAUAGAGCUUGUACUAGAGAAACAGAUUGACAAUGAGGAGCUUGCAAAUUUUCAAGAAGUACUGUAAGUUGCUGUAGGUUUAUAGCUCUGUAGGGAACCCUGAUGGCUCCUAAUCACCGCCUUUACUUUUCAAAGUCCUUUCUUUCCUUUGAAGUAUAUCAAGUGAUAAUUGGAGCAGCAACAGAGUAGGUCUGCCAAGUAACUCUUUAUCAUGAAUAAGUGCAAUAUUUCAUAACCUUUACGACUAAUAAACCAUGCACGGUUCCAUACCAAUCUAAACUAACGGAACUAAACAAUCAUUUUGGUUAAUUUAAAAUGUCAAAUUGGUAUUUCUCCCGUUGUAUCACAUCUCAUUCGCUGUUGCAAAGAUCAAACAUGGCAAAUGGUGGUCCAAUUCAAUACCAUCCAUGUUUCAGUACUACACUUAAAGCUUCAGUUGCAUAUUUUUUUCAGUGACCGAGAUUUUCUUGGGUUAACUGAAUCACGUUUUUCAGUUGCAUAGUUUUGUUUAUCAUGCAUAUCAGUUACUGUGAUUGCUAACAUCGGUGCACUCUCUGUAAACUUGUGAUUUCACCAGGAUGAAGUGAUUGAUCUCUCUGAAGUUUCACACGUUGAAAAUGCAUUGGACAUUUUAGAUUUGAUACCACAAGCAGCAAUUCUACAAACCUUUUCUAUAAGACUUUAAACCCCCAAUUCUCUACUGAGCUCCUUUCUCCUGCACUUAACAAGCAGAUUUUUGAGGUCUCUCCCCUAGAUGAACUUAGAUUAGAUUUUUAUAGCUGGUAUUAAUUAAUUUUUGUUUUGCAUUUCCUACAAGUUACCCAUCAAUAUGAAAUAAGCACUAGAAGUUUAAUUUUGUUGAUUUUAUAUAUUUGCUUUUGUGGAUGUAAGACGUGAUUGCUAAAGUAAAUAGUUGCUCCAAAGUUUAAUCGCCUCUUGAAGGCUCAUUUAUCAAGCUUCUUGAACCAUUUGAUUAGUGAUUUGUUCGAUAAGUCUCGUAGAUGAUGGGUUUAUGUGUCACUUUUCCUUGGUUAUGAUUUUCUAGUACGAAAGAUUUCAGGAGUUUUCAGAGCUGUUGGUCAUCAAAUUGGUGUUUGUUGUAGUGUCUGCCACGGAAGAUAUACUAUUCAUGCAGUGAAUCUGCACAGAAUUGUUAGAGUGCAAGUUUUGAGACUGCCAAGCGUACUUGUUGGCUGCUGCCACUUGCUGCAAUUAUUUCAUCAGCUGUGAUGAAGGCUAUUAAGCUCAUUCUGCCUUCUACACUUGUUGGGUUGCUCCUCUCUUCAUGUAGGUUUACGCUCAAAGAUCAACAUUAAACUUGAUAGCUCUUGCUUACUAUCCUUGGUAUACGAUCCCUUGCUGAACCAGAUCCUGUUUGAUAGAGCGAUGAUUGGCGUUAAAAGUAAUCUCUUGAGGCAAAUUUCCAGAAGACCCUUCAUCUCAGAGCGUGGCCACGCCAGAAAAGGUAGAUGCUCUCGAAAAGCCGGAUCCGCGGGACCAAUAGCAGGAGACCCAAUUAAGGCACUAGGUCCAUGUGAACCAGAUGCGUGGGAUUAAAACCCAUAGACAAGUCCUGCUCCUAAUUGCUUUGGCUGGCGGCGGCUACAAAAGGCAAAAAGAAAGCCAGAUUCACGUAUUAGGAAUUAGAUAGCUUUAGUUUUCUUUUUCCCUAACCGUCAGACGUUGUAGACUCUUCUCUUGCUUUUUGGCUUUCACGUUUUUGACUCUUUGGCUUUGGCUUUGGCUCUGUACAAUUUUCGUUGGUUUUUACGUUGUACUUCGGCUUCAGUACGAACAUUAACGCAAAGACAAGGAAGACGUUUUCUUUUCUUUCUUUUC